GUCGUUUGUUGUUUAUUUUCGAGCUGCUCUUUUUUUGUCUUGCAUUGGCUCUUUGUUUAUUUUUUGUUUGGGGCUUCAAGUCGCGUUCGAGCACCGUUUAUUUUUACUGCCUUUCCGUCGAGGGCUUGUGAUUGAAAUUCUGUCGGCAGUACCAUCGUGGGGUUCAAAGAAGUGAAAAGCAAUCGAGGAAGCAACUCUAAACAUUCACAUAAUUGGAGUUAGCGAUUCGAAACGAUUCGAAUGAGUUUGGAACGCCUUGAAAAAAACGUCAAGUGGGCCAGGCAAUUGCCAUUUGCAGCUUAGCAAUUGUGGAUCGAAUUCAACUUAAGUCAAUUGUGCCACAACCGAGCCACCUGAGUGUUUUCCCGAAGGUCGACCGCAUCUUUACAGGCUUUCUACUCUGCGUCACUGGCUCAAGAAUGUGUUAAUUCGGUGUUUCGACAACAACAACCGCGACUUCAGCCUAUACAGCGACAACAACAGUUUUGCCGCCUGACGACAUAAGAUUUGCAUAAAAAAGUAAACAAACGCGGUUCAUAAAAACGAGAAAUAAAAGCUAAAGAAAACAUCAAAACAAAAUCAGUUCCAUAUAUUGAAAUCCGAAACGUUAAACAUCACUUAUUGAUUAUUGAAUUGAGUGAACAUAAAAUAUGUGAAAAAUAAAGCAAACGAAACGGUGAUCAAAAUAAUGGGAGUACGACCGCAUCGUAAGCGGAUGGAGCUGAUCUUGAUGGUUCUGAUCGGGAUGGCAUGGGGUGUUCUUCUGUCGGCAUUGAUGAAACGGGAUCGCUGGUCCCCGCUCAAGGAGGAAAGCAGUCCCUUUCCAAGCAGUCACAGGAGCAUCCCUAGUCCCGCCAUCACCACAACUCAUCCGCAUCCGGAUAUCCUGCCCGCCCGUCUCUUUAACCAAACACGAGUUCUGUGCAUGGUGAUGACCAGUCCUAAAACCCACCAGAGCCGCGCCAUCCACAUUCAACGUACCUGGGGAACGCGCUGCAACAAACUGAUCUUCAUGAGCACCAAGGCGGAUAAGCAACUGGGUUCCAUUGUCCUCAAUGUGAGGGAGGGCUAUUCGAACUCAUGGCCUAAGACGCGGGCAUCGUUGGAAUAUGUCUAUAAACAUUAUUUCCAUAAGUAUGACUGGUUCCUGAAGGCAGAUGAUGAUACCUAUGUUAUAAUGGAAAAUCUGCGUGCCUUUCUAUACGCCUACAGUCCGAAGACCCCAGUGCUUUUUGGAGAUAAGUUUCAAACGCAUGUUAAAGAGGGUUACACUUCUGGAGGAUCUGAUUAUGUCCUGAGCAAAAUGGCCCUACAUCGACUGAUAAAGCAGGGCUUCAGCAACAGCAGUAUCUGCACAGACCGGAACUACGGCUACGAGGAUGUGGAACUAGGACGAUGUUUAACAGCAGUGGGCGUAGAGACUGGAGAUUCCAAGGAUAAAGACGGAUUGAGCAGAUUUAUCCCCAUCUCACCGCUACACUGGUAUUCGCAGGCGCUGCUCCACAACACGACCCCAGAUAACACCGACGAUUGUUGCUCCAGCACGGCCAUCUCAUUUCACUUCAACAACGCCCUGGAGUUUUACAUGCUGGACUACGUUAUCUACAAGUUAAGAAUAUUUGGCAUAAACAAUGUUCAAGAUCUUUUGCCAUCUAAAAAGUCCAUUUUGGUUACUAAGCAAUCUUUGGGCACUUUUCAGACCAAACAAAUGGAAGUUCACAAAAAUGCUCUUAACAAAAUGGUAUCCGAAAAAAACGACACAAAGCCAAAAGCCGAAACUAAGCCAAAGCCCAAAUCGUAAUCUUUCUAGCACCAAAAUAGCUUAAUAUUGACUGCAAAUGAAAAUGCCAAAGAGUAAGACCAAGAUAUCGUAAUUGAUAAAUCUAAAACUGCUCCUUCAAAUUAGAUUGUAUGCCAAAUCUUUCCAUAUUUAUUCUUAAAUGGAUUGAUAUAGGUUAAGAUAGUAUGUAUUGUCAGCACAAAGCCAUUUUUAAAUACAUGUAUAAGACUCGAUAUUAUAAAGAAAUGUUAAAAUUAAAU